UCUAUGUGUGAAUGUUAGAAAUAAAAUAACUUUAAAUCUAUUUUAAUAUUUAAAUCUGUUUUAUUAUUAUUUAUUAAAUAUAAUUAAGGCUGAGGAUUGAACUCACGCCAAUCAAAAAGCCUUCGUGGGUCAGUAGUUGGAUAUCAUAACCACUGACCCACGAAUGCUUGGUUAGAUACGUGUUAAUAAGUUAAACUUUUGUAUUCUGAACACGUGUAUAAAUGAAAAAAGGAUUUGAUAUCGAUAUCAUCCUACAGUUUAAUCGAUAUAUUUUUCACUUAACCUUUGACAGUUAUUAAAUAUUUAUUUCUGCACCUCUUAAUGUUAUUAUAACUUUCUCUGGAUGGCAACGGUACUGACCAUACACGUGUUCAGAUUUGACGUGUUUUGUGUGAUAGCACAACUACUGAUUACAGAGCGAGCCAUUCUGAUAAGAUAUAACAAGCUAGAUCUUGGUCUAUGACGUGUGUGUUGAAUUCAGUUCCUUUCACUUGCGCUGGUAAAUAGUUAAGCAUGUGACAGCUUAACAUUUUUCUGAUUGGCUGUUAAAGUUAUACUUUCUUGGUUUGGCAACUAGAAGGAUAGAGUGACUAAAUUUCCUCCCCCUCUUAUAUUAGUAUUUCACUUGUUCUUCUGUUGUGUCUCGAUUAAGUUUUUAAACUGUUUGAUUCACCGGGUCGUUAUGGACGGAUAUUUAAAGAGAAAACAUGUUGAAACUGAAAAUGAACCAAAGAGGAAAGGUUUGUUCCAGGAGGGAAACUUUCCAGAGUAUUGCUAUCCAAUUGGUGAGGACUUAUUCGUUUUGGCCAGCACGUAUAACAAGAAAUCAGUCAUUCAUAUACGAAGAUUUAACAGAUAUGGAGACUCACACAAUCCUUCAGGAUAUGGUAUAACUCUACAGCCUGAACAGUAUAAUGCUUGCUUCUGUCAUGGUCCACCGACAUGUAUCUUCGGCAUUGCAGACAUCAACAUGGCUUUGGAAGAGAUCCCUCCAGCUAAUCCCCGCGAAAAAUUUUAUGUGUUGAUGAAUGACGAGGGAAAGAAUCUACUAGUGGACGAAUUGGUUCAUUCUAUACCUCAGCCUUGGUUCAUUCUAUACCUCCAGAAGUGGCCGCGUCUACAAGCACGAGACGGAAAUCAGUUUCAAACAAUGGAGAGAACUACAGAAGUGUCGAGAUAA